AUGCAAAGUCAGUGGUUGAGUGGAAUAGCCCAAUCUCCAGAUACAGUACGCUCAGUGGAUCACUGGCCGUUCGAGGAAGUCGCCAACGAAGCAGAAAGGCGUUCGUUUUCCAGGUCAUCAUUGAACACUGAGCUUUUCCGUCGCGAUUCGUCCUCCAGCUCUUCACAUUCCAGCGAUGUUGAUAUCGAUCAAUUGCAGCUCAGCUUUGCCCAAUUCGGUUCCUUCAAUUCUGGAGCAUUUUUAGGAGCCCCAGUUUCAUAUGACGCAUCGAUCGAUAGACGUCCGCAGACCAUUUCAAAGUCGACAAUUGCAAGAAACCCAGAUAACAAGGCGUACGGCACGUUUACAAAGGAUGAUACUGGUCCCCAGGAGCUCGAAGGAGUCGGUAUAUCUACAGAUACCAGAUUCAUAGGUCUAUCUCCACGUCGGUUCUGGGUGGUCUUUCUAAUUAUACUUCUCGGGUAUUUCAUCGCUUGCUUUGACUCAACAUUGAUGGCCUCUAGUCAUCCUGUCAUCACAUCAUACUUUGGAGCAUCUCAAGCGGCAUCAUGGUUGAGUACCGUGUUUCUCAUCACAAGUACUGCGUUUCAGCCUCUUUUCGGACGUCUUUCAGACACCAUCGGCAGAAAACCAGUGUUCCUGGCUUCCCUGGCGAUCUUUGGACUGACAACACUCUGGUGUGCUCUUGCCGGGAGCAUCCAGAGUUUCAUUGCCGCACGAGCUGUAUGUGGGAUAGGUGCUGGUGGUACGAUGUCCAUGGGUCUAAUCAUCAUCUCAGACCUUGUUCGGAUUGAGGACCGAGGAGUAUAUCAGUCUCAUAUCAAUCUUGCAUUUGGACUAGGAUCAGCAUCAGGGGCUGCUUUUGGGGGCGCUUUGUGCGACAGUUUGGGCUGGAAGGCUGCUUUCCUCAUACAAGUACCACCUAUCGCCAUAUGUUUCAUCAUGGCCCUUUUCUUCACACCUGCUCGUUUGGGACCAAUGCUGAUCGAAAAGGACGGAGUUGGCGCGUGGACUGCGCUCAAACAAUUUGACUCCCUUGGAUCAUUGUUCCUUGUCAUAUCAGUCACCGCUUUGAUACUGACACUAAACCUUGGAGGCAAUGUGUACCCAUGGAUGUCGCUUCAGGUAAUCUCUUGUGCCAUCAUCUUUGUUGUUGUCGCAUGCCUCUUUGCCGCGGUCGAAGCAAAAGUGAGGCACCCUUUGAUGCCUUUCCGCUUGCUCGGGAAGUCUCCGAUAGCCAACAUGGUCUUUGCCAACAUGUUUGGGGCCAUCGCAUCCAACACAGUGUUGUUCAAUAUUCCGCUCUUCUUCCAAGCUGUGAUGCUCACAAGUGCUGCCACUUCUGGCUUUCGACUGGCUAUUCCCAGCCUCCUAGGAUCAUUUGCAGGCAUCUCGACUGGUUAUAUCAUAACAUACACCAGACGGCUAAAGCCGACAUUGGUGCUCGGCGCUGUGAUAUACGUGUUUGGGUCCGUCGCUGUGUCUUGUAUUGACAAAAGCACAUCUCAGCUAGUUAGUUUAAUGCUGAUCACUGGUGUUCCACUUGGCCAAGGGUUUGUGUUCCCAAACACUAUGAUGAGCGCGCUUGCAGUGUCUGAGCAGGCCGACCAAGCCGUUGUCACAACAACAAUAGGGCUGUGGAGGAAUUUGGGCACAGUUUUGGGAGUUGCAAUCUCGAGCUUGGUGUUUCAGAGCCGUUUGAUUACAGGCCUAAGAGAGAAUGUUACUGGUCCUGAACGUGAGGCAGUGAUCCGCGCAGUCCGGACGUCUGUCGAGAGUAUAAAGGCUCUUCAAGAACCGAUGCAAGGACAAGGUCAGUCUAGUGACUUUUCAAUCAUGAGUCACAUUCCUGUGGAUAGCUCUUGCUAA